AUGCCUCUCCCACUUUUGAACGACACGCAGCCAUGCGCAAUUGUGAGCCCCGAUGCCACCUUCAUCAUCGGCGGCCAGACUCUCGGCUUCGAGAAUCAGCUGCGGACGGAAAUCGUCAUAUACGUGGGAGGUAACCAUGAAGCUUACAUUGGUGCGAUGGUUCGGUUUCCUCGAGCCAGAAAUACGGCGGCCUCUUUCUUCAAAAGCAAUCUGUCAAAGUCAGAGGACCUCGCCAUCACCAUCAGAUGGCGGUUGAAUACUUUCGACAUCUCGGGGGGCAGUUUAGACUUCGCCCCUCAAGUCAAGAUGCUUCUUCCAGGACAAUGUCAACCGGACGAGUUUGGAAUUCUCCAGAUAAAACUCCGUCCUGGCGAGAGAAAUCUCAUCAGCGGCAUGGGUUUUCCUUUCCAGGGAAAAAACGUGGCCAUCGACGGCUACGUCAACUCCGGUUGCAACAUACAAGGAGGAUGGAACCUUGAAACCAUCUUUGGUCAGACAAGCUUCAUGAUUCUUGUGAAGAACACCAUCAGACCCUCGUUGGCCAGCUUCAUCGACCUUGCACCGAAGCAAAUCACCGCCAAAAGGCUUUACGGAAACGUACACCACUGGGAUAUCAGCAGAUACAGGGAUCAGAUGGCGUUUGAGAACCGAGUAGCACAUCAAGAACCAGUCAGGUAUUCGUUCAACAGUCUCAACGAUGCGGCGACUGUUAUCACGCAGUCAAUCGCGCAAGACAACUGGUGGUAUGCCAUGGAUGUACAAGAUGUCAGAAAGGUGAAGCUUCCAUUCUUGUUUCUCAAGGAUGGCAACAAGCCGUCAGCCGAGACGGACCGCUUCUGGGCCAUUACACGCCUAAGCCCAGGAUUCGUGCGUUUUCUCCUUCACCCAAGCUCUUGGGAAAUCUUCUUCUCACUUUGGAUAUCUCAGGUGACCCGAUUCAAGCGAUCUAUCGGCAGUUUGACGAACCCUAACACUGAGCUGAGCAUCGCAUUCAGACUGCCUCCCUCGUCGAGAACUCUAAGAGACGACGGAAAGCCAGACAGGGAUGACCUCGGUUGGUCAGCCAAAGUCGUUCCCAUCAAAAAUGUGUGGUCUGAGGAGUAUCGGGGCGAUCGACCCUACGAAGACGGCGGCUACUUCGUACUUGAGGUGCAUCGUCCCCGAGAUCCAACUUCUUCAGCGUACAGUACUCGCAAUCAUCCAAUCCGAGCUUUUCCGCGGAUCGCAGAAUCAGUCAUUGAAACGUUCUGGAGGCUUGAGAAAGAAGCCGAAAGAGAGAAUAUUUAUCUUGAUUUCUUUGACGGCCGAGUCCUUUCACGCAGACGAGUCAAUGCAACGGCCAACUUGUUUGAGACGAACGGCGUUACGAGAAACGUUCUGCCCUACCACAGCAGCGGCCCUGAGACGGAUCAUAGCGAUAGUUGCAAUGCUCUCAAGAUAACCCUACAGGAGUUCUUCAUCGGCCAUGGAUAUAGUCACCCCAUCUUUCACUUACCUCCGGUUGCCAACGGCGAUGAUAAUGAUGACGUUGGGCUCAUUCGAAUGGCGCGGAACGUCUCCCUUGACGGCAACAUUUCUUCGGAAGCUGCAGAGCCAACGGUUCAGUUCGAUGCUGCCUACGCAAACAUGGUGAUGUCGGAGCAUUCUCCCUCCUUUCGACGAUACAUCACAACGGUUGCUCUCCGAAUCAUCGGCGUUCAGGGGACUAGAAGAAAGGCAGCUGAGAUGCUCGUCAGCACCACACUGCUUUUCUUGGCGAACCCUGGCACAAACAAGGUGCAUGCCUCGGCCUCGUCUCACAAUGCGGUACUCGACUUUGCCUUGAUGCUUUAUGAGAAAGGAACCGAGGUUGUGAAAGCUCUUCAGAAGAAAGCCACGUGCGACAUGCCUCGCCACAUCCCUCUCGUUGUCCGUGGAUACAACAUCAAGAAAGAAGUCGGCUCGUUUAUUCGCCUGGUGAUUAGAGGCGAGAUUGAAUGGGAGAUGUCGACAUGGUCCCAGCCUCUGUCUCCAUGCGAGUGGCUGUUGAAGCUGGUCGGCUUUGACGAAUUGAAGAUCGACCCACUGGACAGUCCAAAGCUGUUCGACCUGCGCCAGAGUUUUCGCAACGACAGGAGGUUCGCGGGUCUCCGGGCUUUUGUCACCCAAGACAUACCGCUACACAAGGUGAGGGACUUCGUCGUUUCCAGUGGAACUUCACACGCGGCGCCCGAUAAGAACCGAAAAGAAAAGAACAUGACGGUGCAGCAGGAGAGAGAUGAACGGCUGCGAGCCGAACACUGGGCAAGGGAGCUCAUCGAAUAUCUCCUGGUGGACAUAGUGGAGAGUGCCGACGUAUUGUGCACCACGACUCACAUGUCCCGAGAUACCUACUACGGUGCCUUCCGGGAAUCGGCCAAAGCCGUUGUGCUUACGGACGCCGGAUCCAUGUCCAAGGCGGAGGCCAUCGUGGUAUGGGGUCCCUUUUUCAAGCCUUGCGCGAUUGGGGGCGACGUAGGCAGGAAGACCCGCACGUUUAUCGACCCCAACCAUGUGUCAGAUGGCAAGUAUGCGAACCACUACGGACCGGAAUCCCAGGUCUCCGUCCUCAGACACAUGAUGAGCAGCGGCAAUGCCAUGUUUGAGGCGAAGUGA